AUGUCCUGCUCUCGCAAGCCGCCCCAUCAGCUAUCCUCAGAAAAAGACUACGCAGAAUUGCUCGAAAAGUUUGAUACUUGGCUCUUUGACUGCGAUGGUGUUCUCUGGCAUGGAAUGACCCUUAUCGAUGGUGCUCUGGAAGUGCUUCAGCUUUUGCGUGCUAAAAAAAAGAAAAUCAUUUUCGUUACGAACAAUGCAAGCACUUCGCGAUCGAAUUACAUGAAGAAGUUCAAUCAGCUUGGUAUUGAGGCUCACCUUGAUGAGAUAUUUGGUUCGGCUUACGCUGCUGCUGUUUACCUAUCCUCUGUUGUCAAGUUUCCAAAGGACAAGAAAGUCUUCCUCAUUGGAAUGGAAGGCCUUGAAGAAGAACUGCGUAAUGAGGGUAUCACUUUCGUCUGUGGCACGGACCCGAAGUACAAUUCCCUCUCGCCGCUCGCCACACCCCCACGUCCCGACCCAUCAAUCGGCACCAUCCUCUGCGGCUUUGAUUACGCCAUCAAUUACACUAAGCUUAGCGCGGCGUUUGUUCAGCUCGAUGCUGAUCCAUCGUGUCUAUUCGUUGUGACGAAUGAAGACCCAACCGCCCCAUCAGAAGGAGGAGUCCUCUUGCCCGCUGGGGGUGCAAUCAGUGCACCGUUGAGGUAUGCACUGGGAAAGGAUCCAGUGUGCGUUGGGAAGCCAAGUUUAGUUAUGUUGGAUUGUAUCAAGGCGAAGCAUGAGUUUGAUCCGAGUCGAACGAUCAUAGCCGGAGACCGCCUCAGUACAGACAUCCUAUUUGGAAAGCGAUGUGAACUAGCCACGCUUCUGGUCCUUACAGGCGUCAACAAAGAAUCUGACCUCCUUCCACAGGCGUCUCCUUGCGCGAUACCAGAUUUUGUUACUCAGUCCAUUGGUGAUUUGCUACAGGCCGCGAAGAUAUAA